CAGACGAAGAAGAGAUUUGGCCGUUUGGGAGACAAUACAGGCAACAGAACGAGGCAUUUGUGACGUGAGCGCCAUGGGUUUGUGUGCUUUUAUAUCUAAUCGUAGCGUCACUAUUUGACCUUUUAUAUUUAACCCCAUGGAGACCAAAGCGGUGCUGAAUGCGGUUCCUCCGUACGGACACGUUUUUGCCACCGAGAAAUGGAGAAACUCGCCCCUCAUUCAGAGCUUAAAGGGCGGCGGCGUGAGGAUCCUCUUCGAGGACGAGCUCGGCUUGGCAGAUUUCCACCUGCCCAACAAGAGCUGCGUGCUGUACGUGUCCGAGUGCGACGUGGUGGCUGGAAACGGCUACAAGAGGAAAUUGGUCCGCUACAGAAAUACCAGCAGCCACGGCUUCCAGGAGCUGGUUCUGGUGGAGAAAACCCGACUGAGUGAGCAGUACUUCGGCGCCAUGCAGAAGUUGGUGGUGUUUGACCUCGGCCUGACCCUGUUGCCAGUCGGCGGGCAGGCCGAGGCCUCGCAGCUCAUCGCGCAGAUCGUCCAUGGGGUCGGCAGAGAGAACCCCUUCAGGAGGAGGACCUCGUCCCGGCUGUUGGACCCGCUGGUCCUGGCUCUGGUGCAGCAUGUCCCCGGGGUCGGCCGGGUCAAAGCUCUGGCCCUCCUGGAGCGGUUCUCCAGCAUCCAGCAGCUCUGCAACGCCGCCCCCGCCCAGCUAGAGCCCAUCGUGGGUCAGGCUGCGGCUCAGCAGAUCCACGGCUUCUUCCACAAAGACACUGCUGCUGGAACCUGAUGGUUCAACUCCGGGUCCUUAUUCCACCAGGGGCGUUUGGGGGAAAUGACGUGGAUGCACCUCGGCACUCAAACAAGUCCAAGUUUGGUUUGUUUCUGCAGGUGUUUGAACUACAAGAAGCUAAAUGUGUCUACUGUUGACUGCAGGAAGCCCAUGAGCCCGAUUACAACACAGACGUGGUCUCAGAGAUGACAGAGCCACGUAGUCUGGAUAUAAGAAGUGGAGUUUUGACUUUUUAAGUCUAAAGUUUGGUAUUUUAGUCAAAAGUCGGCAUCUUUAAUUCUGUUUUUACUUAACAAAUAGGUAACAGUGAGCACAGGAGGAGGCGCGUAGAGGAUUCACUGUUCAUUUAUUCAGACCACAGAGGUUGUUUUGUUGCCAUAUAAACAUGUUUAUUUCUGCUGUAACGUUGUUCAUUUUAACAUGGAGGUCAAGGGGAAUUGAGCAGAUCAGAUUUAGGAAUAAUACAACAUGUUUAAGCCUGGGCUUUAAAGAGUUAAUAGCAAAUUUGUGUUAGUUAAUUGUUUUAUUAUCUUUAUGUUAAUGUUGCAGCUGAGAUCAAGUCCUAUCAAUGCAAACACUGAACAUCAAGAUAUUAAAGUCCUCUCUGCUGCUGCUGUUGUGUUGUAACAAAUAGCAAAUGUGACGCAUGAGCGAAAAACAGAGAAAAAAAAGUUAAUCAUCAUAAUCAUAAAAACACCAAUGGAAACACUGAGCAAUACAUACUCACUUAUUUCAAGAAAUGAUUGAGAAUCUUUCUGUGAGAAAUUAAAAGGUUCCUCUCUG